GAUGCGCACCUUUGAUGACGUCAGUGCGAGCGACACCAGGAAGUAGCAGGAGCAGGUGGAAGAGCCGGAAGAUUAGGAUCAGACAGGUCACUAGCUGUACUGAGGAUGUCCCACAUUGGAGCAUUGGCUGCCCUUGGGGUUGCCUUUACUGCGGCCUCUCUGCUGUCAGCCAUACACAAAAUAGAAGAGGGACACAUUGGAGUCUAUUACAGGGGGGGAGCGCUACUUACUUCAACAAGUGGACCUGGUUUCCAUUUAAUGAUCCCAUUUAUAACUUCCUUCAAAUCCGUACAGAGCACAUUACAGACCGACGAGGUGAAGAAUGUUCCGUGUGGUACAAGCGGUGGUGUCAUGAUAUAUUUUGAUCGAAUAGAAGUGGUGAAUUUCCUUAUAUCUAGUGCAGUGUAUGAUAUAGUGAAGAACUACACUGCAGAUUAUGAUAAAGCUUUAAUCUUCAACAAGAUCCACCAUGAGCUGAACCAGUUCUGCAGUGUCCACACCCUACAGGAGGUGUACAUAGAACUCUUUGACCAGAUAGAUGAGAACCUCAAGCUGGCUCUUCAGCAAGACCUCAACUCAAUGGCUCCUGGAUUAAUCAUUCAGGCUGUCAGAGUUACAAAGCCAAAUAUCCCAGAAACAAUCCGCAGAAACUAUGAGCUGAUGGAGAGUGAGAAGACCAAGCUGCUCAUCGCUGCCCAGAAGCAGAAGGUGGUGGAGAAGGAAGCUGAGACGGAGAGGAAAAAGGCUCUGAUUGAGGCAGAAAAAGUGGCCCAAGUUGCAGAGAUCAAAUAUGGUCAGAAAGUUAUGGAGAAGGAAACGGAGAAGACUAUUUCAGAGAUUGAGGACUUUGCUUUCCUGGCUCGGGAGAAGGCAAAAGCUGAUGCGGAGUUUUACACAGCGCAGAAACUAACAGAAGCCAAUAGGCUGAAAUUAACCCCUGAAUACCUGCAACUGAUUAAGUACCAAGCCAUCGCUGCAAACAGUAAGAUAUAUUUUGGAAAAGACAUCCCAGACAUGUUUAUGGACAGCUCACCUGGGACCCCUGCCAAAGCAGAACUACCUCUGGAAGACCCCUUUCAAUUUAAAGACACAAGUUCCAUCUUUUUAGAAGAGCCAUAAUCCUGAGGACAUGAAAUACAAUCUUAAUUUUUACCAAUACAAAAAGUAUAAAUAUGGAGAAAAAAAAAAUCUUAGAAAUCGCAAUCUGUUAUUCUGGAAGACGAUAUGUUGGUUUUAUUUGUUCUUUCUUUGUUUUUUCUUGGUAAACUGAAAUGUUUAAUUGUAAGAAUGUUGUUCUUGUAAAUUGUGUACCAACUUGCAUACAUGUUGGAGAACAUUGUGCCCCCACCACAACUAGAAGUAGCUCACAGUCUGGACUAAUCCAUUUUCUAAUCCUCUAGAAAGUAAUCCGUAUACCAGCAGCUAUAAUCCUGUGAGUUUGUGAGAAACAUACACUACCUAGGGACCAAUAUUUGUGUUCUCUUGUGUAGUCUGCACAUUGUACUAUGUAGGAUGUAUUCUUAACAUCAUAGACCCCAAACUAGAGGUAGGUGCUCUGUUACUCUGUGGCGGUUAUGGAACUUUCCAGUAUGAGUGUAGGUCUGCUACAUGCAGAAAGCUACAGAUUAGUUCCUUACCCCGACCACACAUGGUGCAAUUCUUCUGCUCACCCAGAGCAACAAGAUCAGAGUUGAAUUUAGCAUCAUAUGUAACUGGCCACAUUAUGUGUCUCCUGUCAUCACAGAAGCACAGAUAAGCUCUAUUAGCCUGUGUGUACAAUUGUGUUAUGAUUGCAUUUACCAAUAUGUCCGCUAAUAAUCUAAUCUAUUUCAAUUAGAUUAUGAGAGAAGGCGUAAAUUUUAAGUCCACUUGGUGGGCCACUUGCAGAUAUUGCAGAACGUGUGGUCAGCAUUAGAAUACUGAAAUAGAUGGAAUUCUUUCCAAAGUCUAUUUUAUGAUUACCACUUACAGAAGACCUAAAUCCUGGGUCGCACAUCACUACAAACUUGAACUUUAUCUGUGACCUUUUGUUUGACUGAGAGAGUAAAAGUAUUUACCAAAUGUUACUAUUCCAUUGUUACCUUGUGUUCAAUGGCCUGUGUGGGUCAGUAGCCCAAUAGAGGUCUUCUAGUGUUGGGGGCAGGUAUUGCAUAUGGAAGUAAUGAUUGGUGUUUUUAGGGGCUCGCUAUUUAGUGAAUGUGUCAUUUGGCAAGUGUUCCCAGUAAUGUAUGUUAUUGGGCUACUCUCCGUUUAGCUGCUCUGGGGAAAGAAUACUGCUUGUUUAUGCCCUACCAAACUGCACUCCUGGGCACGUCUCCUAAUAAAAGCUUGUGGCAGAGAGAGAGGCUGGCGGGCAUAAAACAGGAAGGAGCUGGGGGCCAUGUGAUUAGCCCUUUGGCCCUCUGUUACUCAUUAUCUACUGGCUUUCAAAUAGUUCCGUGAUUUCUAAUGUUUAGGACUCUAUAGCGUUGGGUACGAAAUUCCAGCCGUCUGUAUCCCGAUGUAUGCGGGAAAGUAUUUUAACACUACCCCUAUCCUAUCCUUCCCCUCCUGCAACCUAACCAUCCUCUCCCACAGCGUAACCUUAACCCUCCCCCCCACACACACACACGCAGCCUAAGGGGGGUAUUCAAUUAGUGCCGUAUAUCGACCAGUCGAAAAACUGCACUUUUUCAACCAUUUUUAGGCCGAAUUUAUGUUUGAGCUAUUCAAAGCCCGUGCCGUUUUUUGGACUGUUCGAAAAAUCCGGCACUUGCAAAAACAUGUAUCGUCGAAUUCGCUGCUGAUACACGUGUUUUGAUGAAUUUGCAGGCAUUUUCGCCCAUUUUUGGUGCAUUUUUCACUCAUGUCGGGGGAAAAAAAGUGAAACUGCAUGGGCGAAAAUGGAUUCAGAAACGGGCGAAAAAUGUCUGCAAUUUAAUACCCUGUCUCGAAUUAGUACCAUUUUUUUUCUACCAGUCGAAACUAGUCACUUAAUUGAAUACCCCCUAACUCCUCUAAGCCCUGUACUUACCUUUGGGAUCCCACCAUUGGUGUUCUGACUGUCAGGGUCUCGACUGCCAGGAUCCUGACCACAUACCACUCUAUAUAUAAAUCAAGUUAACUAAUUGAUAGUGGGCUGAAAGAUGUGACACGUGGGUUUAAUAAAAUAAUGUAAAAAGAAAAUGUGCUUUUAACUGAUAGCAAGCAAUCGUAUUUCAUUAAUCUGACUACUCAACUGCUGAGCUAUUGGGUUAGCAUUGCUUUUGCCCCACGUUAUGAAUUUAACCCCCCUUAUUGUUUGGAUUACUUGCUGAAUCCGUGUUUUAGGCUUAAAAGACAUAAACAGGAGAAAUGUUUAAUUUAAGAAAUGUUUGAUUAAUUUGACCCUUUAAAUUUGUUAUUCGGAAGAGCUGGCAUACGCACGGCUUUCCUAGGAAUCUCCAGUUUGUAAUGUAUUUGCUGAAUAAAAACACUAAUAAAUGUUAA